UCACACGUACGACACAGUCCUCACAUAUAUCUACAUAUAUCUUUUAAAAAAUCUAUUAAUUGUAUUGUUAGUGAGCUCGUUUCGACUCGCGUAUCGAUUGCAGUGCCAGUUUAAUUGAUAGUGUUGCAGGUUUUUGUUGUAAGAAAGUAGGGCGGGACGCUUUGUCCGUACUACGCCCGUGAGGCUGGAGCGCGCAGCUUCCCUUCCCGGCGAUAUAUAUACCUACCGCUUACCUACUAUCGCGUAUAGUAUGCAAGCUUGACAGCGACUUUAUUGUAGAGCUUCGAGUGUUGGUUGCGCUUUGAUUUGUUCUAUCCUCAGGAACUUCGCUCGGGAUUAAUUUCGAAAGCCCGAUAUCGUGAUAAGGCCCGUGAUUUUUCCUCCUACAAAAGCAAACUUUUGACUCAAUUCCCCCAAAGUAUUGCCUAAAGUUUCAAAAAGUUUAUAAGUGAUUUCAUUUGACUUUAAAAAGCUAACAGACUUUGUAGUGUUGUAUCUCCGGAAAAUCCGGAGGGUUCAGAGUUCAUUAAAGCAGUCAAGGUGUCUCCGAUCAAAUUGUCGGCUAUGGAUAGCAAUUCGGUGUCACCAAUGCCGGAGUUAGCGCCGAUCGCAGAGUUCGAUAAGUCGCCACCUUCGCCGCCCAACGAGGAGGUCCCUAUGGACGACCUGCCGCCACCUCCCGCUACGAUCUCCCAAGCCGAGGGGAAGAAGCUAAAAGUACAACGCAGCCGUUCGUACGACUCGGAGGAACACGAGCGGGGUGCUUGCGAAUGGUGCGAGUAUGCGCUGGUUAUCACCCUCGCCACCAUCCUGCUCAUCGGCGUCUCGGCGCUGACCAUCUUCUGGACGUUCUUCUACAGAGAAGGAUAUGGCUGGGCCGACGACAUCCCGGAAAAGCAGUUCAAUCUACAUCCUACGCUCAUGAUUGCUGGAUUUAUCACUUUUAGUGGUUUCUCGGUGCUGUUAUAUCGUAUCUGCCGGUGCUUUAGACGUAUAUACGUCAAGCUCUUGCACGCGAUCUUCCACGCCCUGGCGUUCCCGUGCAUCGUCAUCGGCUUCCUCGCCGUCCUCGACUUCCACAACAAGAAGGGCAUCAACAACUUCUACUCUCUCCACAGCUGGAUUGGAUUCGUUGCUAUGGGACUGUUUGGACUUCAGUAUGCCGUCGGUUUCUUCAGCUUCCUUCUACUGUUGAUUUGUAAUAAAGGCACGGCUAACUUCCGUGCUUCGUUGGUGCCCAUUCACGCUGCGUUCGGAGUGCUCACUUUUGUCCUCGGCGUGUGUGCUUGCCUCACCGGAUUGACUGAAAAGGCUCUCUUCACCCUUGGGAGCGAGACAUACGCCUCGAUGUCGACUGAAGCGAUCGUGAUAAACGCCAUCGGCAUGUCCGUGGUGGCGGUGGCCAUCGUGGUGCUGUACACCGUCCGCGGCACCGGCGGCUACCGGCUGCGCAAGGUGGCGCAGAACCCCAGCUAAGCGAGAGGACCCCAUACUAGCGGUAACACUUCGAUGUGCCAAGCGUAGUCUCUGUUCAGUAGCUUACCUGUGUAACGUUGUCUCUAUCACUUCGACAGUGUGAGCUUCGAACACGCAUCUAUCGCUCUCUGUCUAUAGUACUGUGUUAGAUAGAGAGAGAUAGAGGUGAAUUCGAAACUCGCACUUGCGUGUUAUACAAAACUUCGUUACUGAAUAGCCCUCCUGUACUAGUAACAGCUUACAUCAGCCGCUCUACCCAUAGAGCUUAGCCAAGUUACACAUCGAUUGUCUUUCUACAAACGCUGUGCAAUUUGGCUACAGGCUUAGGUUACAUAUAGAUUGUUCUUACAAUCGCUUUGAAAAUGAAAAUUGUAUGGGAAUGAUAUUCGUUAUGGAUAGGUGAUUAAACUAUGCAUCAAUUGGAUAUGUCAUUUCCAUACAUUUGUUAAUUUACGAAGCGUAUUUUCGAAUUGUAAAAAGAGAAUCGAUGUUAUGACAUGGUUAGAGCGCCGGGUUUGGUCAAGCUUGUCAAAUGCAGUCAUAAAGCGAGUUAAGUGUUAAAGAAAAAGAAAAGAUCGGAAAAAAAUGGAUUAUCGGAUUAUCGGAAUAAAAGUGACCUAACUCAACAAAUAGUUAAAAGUGACUGUAUUCGAAUUAAAAAUAUUUAAUUCAAUUAAAAACAGUUCACCGUUGCUUUUAUUCUUAAGCAAGUAAUAAUGAUGUUUUCGAUUGCAAUCGAUAGAUUAUAAUCUACUCGUAUCUGUAAAAAUGGGUUUGUUUUGUCAUUAUAAUUACUGAACAUAGAGACUAUGCUUACAACUCGAACGUAAAACACCAAUUAUUGUAAAUUCUCCUUUAUGCUUAAUCUUCGAUUUCAAUUAAACCCUACCUAAGCAUAAAGUUGAAACAUUUUUUAAUUAUAGCUCAGUGUAAACCGGUUUACUUCUCAUAGAAGCUAAAUUUAUUUAGGGUUUGGGAUAUUUAUACACAAAUUAAAUGAUCCUUAGCUCAAUUUGUUGAUUUCAGGUUAAAAACUUUUCUGAGUGUUUGUGAUCGAGUAAACGAAAUUUAAUUGAGUGACGUUUUAGUAGUAUAACGGGAUGAAGUUAUUAUUAGUUUGGAAAGCUACUAUAACAUACAGGCGAGUGUAUCGAAUAAGUUACGUUUACUUGAAAUUUUACACUCGUAUAUUUUAGCUCAAGGGUGUUAUUAUUGUAUAUGCGGUUGUGCGUUGUUCUAUUUUUAAAAUUUAAAAUUUUUAUAAAAAAAAAAACAAACAAACAAGUUUAUUCCGUCUUUAAAGUUACGACGACUGAAAUUGGGCAUGUUUUUGAACAUUAUUUUAUUCCAGUUAAAUAUAAACAACUAAUGUAGUAAUUUAGUUGUAAUUUAUUAGAGUUUGAACUAGUUUUAGGAACGUGAAGAAAUGUUUUUCUUUUUAACCGUAACGAUGGCAACCACUAAAGUAUUUAUUUAUACAUUACUGUACUCGCUAUUCUGUGGUAUCCAAACAAUAUACACAUACCUAUGUAUUAGUAGCAUCAAUAUUCGAGAAAAUAUUAAAAGUAAAUGAUUUCUGAUUAUUACCUUAUAUUAUAUUUAUUUUUAUUAAAUAGCAUUAUCUUGAUAUGAACAGUUUCAUUCGUUUAUAUCUUAUAUUAAUUAGCAACCUACAUUAAAACAAAUCAGUGGCCAUAUACCAAAUGUUAGGUACCUACAAUGUUUAGUAGGCUAUAAGGCAGUUAAGGUAAUAUUUUAGACGUAAUCUGUAUAUAAAUUUAAUUAAUGUAAUGUGCGAGUGUUCGAUAGUUGUAGAAUGUGAUUGAUUUGUAGUGAAUGUCUAUCCUUAAAUAUUUAUUAUUAGUAACAAGUGCUGCCAUCAGAACAAAAGAAGCGUCAAAAAUUUACAAACUAAGAAAAAAAGAUUUACUGCCAUAACAAAUAAUAUUUAUCAUGAGUUAAACUUUCGUGUUUAAUAUGCGUCUAACGGAUUUUAAUGACGUUAUUCUACGAAAUAAUAAACAUUUAAGAAAAUAACUUUAUCUAUUAAGUACGUAAAAACAAAAAUUAAAACAAAAUGCGUAAAAUAAAAAAAAGACCGCUUUUGUCCUGAUGUUGCAAAUUUAAGACAUCCUAUAGUAGCAGUGUUUUCAUCCUUAACAUUUUUAUAGAUUUCGAUAAGAGUUUUUACUGCAAACGGUUUUAUAGGAGAAAUAGAACAGUGAUAUUAAUCUCCAAAUGAGAAACGAAAUAAUUUGUUAAUAAUAUAAUAUUAUCAUAAUAUAUUUAGUGAUCGGUGUACGAAUGUACUAUUACAUAUAAGCGAAGUGUUCAUUCAAGUUGCCAAAUUCGAUGUAACGUCUUGUGGUAUUACUUGUUAUAAUCAAUUUACUGCGUAUUACAUCCAUGUAGCAUGUUUAUCAGUAAUUAUGUAGGAUAACGCUCAAUGUGUCUAUACGUGGUGUACUUUCAUAUUAUUUCGUUGUGUACAAUUUGAUUAAGGUUUCUAUUAAUUAGGUAAAAAGUUAUUUGUAUUCCAUUUUUGUAAAAAAUAACAUUCCAAUGAGAAGUUUGAAGCUUUUAAUAGUAUCGUUUUUUUACGAAAAUAUUAUACAAUCCGAAGACUGUAACAGCACGGGCAAUUAAGUAAUACGAAGUCCACUUUACGCGAUGCUUCGUAUUAAAUGAUAUAUUAUCGAAGACCAAAAUCUUUCUCUACUCAAAAUCGUGUCAAGCUAGAUCUGGCAAACAAAUUAUCUAAACACCUACGUCAUCGCGUAGGGUGGCAUGUAAGUGUUCCCGGCAUAAUUAUAAGUAGGCUGUCGUUGAAAUAAUUGCGAUAAUUUUUACAUCAUGCAAAGUGCAUAUUUACAAAUUUUAAAUAUUCCCGAUUUUUUGGAUCCCUUUUGAAAACAUUGGGGCCAAGUUUUUAUACAAUAGAACCCUACCUUAAUUCCGCGAUCUAAAAACACAGUUUGUAACCGAUGUUAGAUCAUUGAACAUUAAUAGUACCUGCAUGCUAAUUAAAUUUAGGACCUAUCUGAAAACUGUGAAUACCUAUUUUAAAUCUUGCAUUUUUUGCAAAUUUAUAUUAAACAGAAUAAUUCUUAGACAAUUUUAAAAGUGUAAUUUUUCUAUAUUCCACUAAAACUAUAUGACUUUUGAAUAUAUUAUUUGGUAUAAUUAGUUGUGUUGAUUACAGUUGCGUAUUGGUUACUGUGAAUUUUAUCACUGUUUUACAUUUUUAAAUAUUUAUACGCAUUCAUAAUGGUACAUUAAAAUACAUGUAUAAAAUAA